AUGAGCUACGAAACUUGUACACACAUCACACUUGAGUGUCCUGUAUCAGCAACAACAUACGGAUACUAUCCCAACCUUGGCGGUAAUGCCUUCUUCACAGCUUUCUUUGGUGUGAUGGGAGUAGCGCAGGUAGGACUAGGAGUGUACUAUCGAACAUGGACAUUCAUGGUCGCGCUAGGAAUCGGAGCACUUAUGGAGAUGGCAGGAUACAUUGGACGGAUAUUAAUGCAUUCGAAUCCAUGGAAUGAGGGCGCAUUCAAAUUACAGAUCGUGUGUCUGGUUCUAGCGCCCACAUUCGUCGCUGCAGGUGUUUACCUAACCCUGAAACAUAUUGUCCUGAAUCUAGGACCUGAACACUCGAAGCUGAAUCCGAGACUUUUUACCUGGAUUUUCAUCAGUUGUGAUAUUGGGUCUUUGAUUCUGCAGGCUGCGGGUGGUGGUGUCGCUGCUGCUGCUGGAAAUACCAAUCAGGCUUUGCUGAGAGCUGGUGAUGAUAUUAUCAUUGCGGGUAUUGCGUUCCAAGUGCUUACGAUUCGAAUGCGACUUAUUAUCAUUGCUGAGAUCUUUGCCUACUUCACUGUGUUGAUUCGGUGUAUCUAUCGUAUCCCCGAGAUGGCUGGCGGAUGGGGCAGUGCAUUGAUGCAGAAGGAGAACGAGUUCUUGGUAUUGGAUGGAAUGAUGAUUGCCUUGGCUACAUUGGCAUACAGCCUCUUCCACCCAGGCCUGUUCGUUCCGUCCAUGCGUACUGGAUACAAGAACAAGAACUAG